AUGUCUGUCCCAUCGCAGCUUGCCAGCACACUCGACGGCCUCAAGGCCGUCGCCGAGCAGAUUGUGCUCGACCCCAAGUACCACGACCUCCUCGCCAUCGUCAAGGGCGCGCGCAAUGGCGCAGUCUACGGCGCCAAAGUGCGCUUCCCGCAUGCGCUUGUGUACGAGCUCUCUCCGUUUUAUCCCCUUGAUGCUCAGCGGACCACGCCUGCAUUGUCGCCGUUCGCCCGGAACGAUGACCGAUGGUCUUCCUUUUCCGGUCCGGAACGUACGUCCACAUCUUGGUCUCCUCGUCUCUUUUCGUUUCCUCACGUCUUCACGCACACCCUUCUUUCACCCGAUUGGACCCCCUUUGUCUAUCCCUCGGCCUCCCCAACUAACAGCCUUACCCUUUUUAGUGUGCGCGAAAAGGUCUCCCUCGUGCUCCGUGCCACAAAACACCAUGCCAGCAACCUGGCUCGCUUUGCUAUUAUAUACAAGACGACUUGCAUGGUAUUAAAGUACCUCGCAGACGGCAAGGAGGGCACAUACGACAGCUUCAUCGGCGGUCUGCUCGGCGGCUACAUUGUCUUCGGCGGCCGGUCCAAGCGGUCUGGUAAGAUCAGCUCCAUCAACAUGCAGAUUGUCAUCUACGUGUUUGCGCGCGUGGUCCUGGCCCUGGCGAAGCUCGCGGUCAAGCCGGGCGUCGGCCUGCCGCUGGUGUCGCAGCCGCCGCUGUCGCAAACCAUCAGCUACUAUGCAUGGCCCGCCUUUGCUGCCGGCAGCUGGGCUAUGGUGAUGCACCUCUUCCGCUACCACGACGCCGAGAUCCAGUCCAGCCUGCGCAACAGCAUGAGUUACAUUUACGUACAGAGCGACCACUGGGACAGCCUACGGACAUUGCUCUGGCACAACAAGUAA